UUGUUUGUUAAUGUUUCAUAGAUGAUGGCCCUUGAUGGAAAAGCUGAAGCUGCACAAUUUUGUUUUGACAAGUAUAAGGACCUAAUAGAGCCAAAUGAAGCAGACAUCAGCCAUCUGAUUACAGCAUAUGCCCUAUGUCCAGAGGGAGGAAUCAAUAUGGCUGAGCCAAGAGACCGGAACAUGAGACGAAUUAUUCAGCUGUUCAAUUUGCUGUGGAAAAAAGGAUUCCAACCCACCAACCGAGCUAAAGGCGCUGCUUGCAUAGCCUAUAUGCAAACUGGUCAAGCGGAGAGAGCAGAAGAAAUAAGAAAGAUACAUGGUAUUGGAGAGCCUAAAUUCAGAGUGUUGUCACAAUUUAUGCGAAGUUACUCAUACCAAGGAGAUGUAGCAAGUGAGCGAAUCUAUUACUUCUUGUUGUAUAACUGGCGUCAAGUUAAAUCUAACCUGCCCGUUAUUGGUUAAAUGUUGCCCAACGAGCCGUAACCUUAUUUAAAACUAAGUUCAAGACCUAUUCUUCCAAGGAAGCAUUUGAUUUGUUGUUGUUAUUAGAAACCUGAACAAUGCUGAUACUUGAUUUAGAUUAAUAAACCAAUCAAAACUUGUAGUAAAUAUGUGUAGCUGACGCAAAGCGCGGGAAAACGUGUGCGAGUGAGUUGCGAUUGGUUUUGGUUUUGCUUCUGAUUGGAUGAAAAUGUGGCGCGUGUUUUCUGGGGCGAUUCUGUAGUGUAGUAAUGCAAAACCAAUUACUUUUCGACACUCGAGUGAAAACUGCUCUAAUAAGGCAAUAAUGCACCUAGGUUUAGGAGUAUUUAAGCAGUAGACUACUUUCUCCGUGUUAACAUAGCCUCAUCUAAACACCAGGGGGGUGGGAGAAUUCGAGACAGUUAUGUAAACCCGAGACGUACUCUCGGGUUUGCAUAACUUUCGAGAAUUCUCCCAACCCCCGAGUGCUUAGAUGAGGCUAUGUUAACACGGAAAAAGUCCUCUAGUGCUUUCAUAAAAUAGUUCUCAAAAAUACGCGCGAAUCUAAAACGUCACAACUGUGCUUACAUACUCUCAUCUAAACACACCUAUCGACCAAUGAGAGCGCGUAGUAGCUCACUUACUUUAUAAUGUUUGUUCGUUCACAAUAUGCUUUUUAUAAUUUUUCUUAGUAUUUUUAUUGUGUAUCAAAACUUGAACGUUCAAAGCAUCGUAGUGUGAAACGUUUGAGUGAAGUUUUGGCUCAAAACAGACUUCAGAUGGGCGUUGUGAAUGAGAAGAAAUCCUUCUUUAUGCACAUUGAAAUAUACUGGCCCUUACUCUGGGAUUCGUCGUGUGCUUAUAUAUUACAUACAGUUACCCUCCUGAUGGUUUCAGGCACCCUUGAUCUUGGUUAUAUCCUGAGGGUAAUUUUUCUUGUCUUGUUAAUAUCCACUGAACUUCAGUGACUCAUCGACUUAGGGGUUUCAUUAAGUUUUUCUGAAGGAAGGCAGUUGAAAUUCAACUUAAGAGCAUGUCCACCAGAGGACCAGGCAGAGGUGAUAGAUGCCAUCUCACCGAUUUCAGUGAAACUUGGCCAGAUUGAAGGGCAUACCCAAUAACUCAAAAA